GAAGUGGUUGAUCCAAGUCUUUAUGAGACACAGGGCCUUGUCAGCACAUACAUUCCUCUCCGAAGACACAAGGACGCCCAUGCGGAGAUUCGAGGGACUCUCCGCGCGCAGCGUGACUGGGCCAGACACGUCUCCCCGGUGAAAGGAUACAACGGUAAUCUUGGGGACCGGUUCAGCUUCAUGGAGGUCACUGUCCCAGAAUGCCUUCCUGAAAGGCUCGAGACCAUCUCUUACGCGAACGAAUUCGCUUUUCUUUACGAUGAUGAGAUGGAAAAACUCGAUCUCAAGCAGCUCCCUAGCGGGGGUCGCGGUAGUGUCCUUGACACGUUCGGAGCUGGCUCUUCGGAACACCCUGUCGACCAGACCGUCCGUCCAGAGAAGCGCUUACAGGCUCAAAUCUUUGCCGAGAUGCUCGCCAUCGACCCGCCUAGGGCGAAAACAUCGAUCAUGGCUUGGAAGAAGUUUGUGCAGCUAGCUUCCAAGACGAGGAUGAAGCCGUUCGAGACGGUACGGGAGUAUAUUCCGGCUCGUGUUAUUGACGCCGGAGAGUUGAUUUGGUUCGGCACGCUGACGUUCGGCAUGGGACUGACAAUCCCGGAGAACGAGUACCAUCUCUGCAUGGAACUGGCUCGGCCGGGAUACGCUGCGCUCGGCCUGACGAACGACCUGUAUUCUUGGGAGAAAGAACGACAAGACGCUGAGCGCCAGGGACAGGAUUACGUCUUCAACAUCAUCUGGGUGAUCAUGAAGGAACAAUCAGUCGGGGAGAUUGAGGCCAAGGCAAUCUGCGCCGAACUGGUUAGAGGGUACAUUGACCAGUACCGUGGAAUCGUGGAAGAAACCAGGAAGAACACGAGUCUUUCCAAGGAUACUAGGACUUACAUUGAAGCGGUCCUGCUCAGCAUCAUAGGCAACCUGGUCUGGAGCGUCUACUGCCCGCGGUACCGGGAGGGAUCUUACCAGUAGGU